CGUGGUGUCCGUCACAUUGGACUCUCGUUGUUUUCGUGCCGCGGCAGCACAACCUCAUGUUUCUCGCCAGCAUGCACCAUCUUUCUUUCGUCAAGCUGUUGGAAGGGAAGUGGGUGAGGAGAGUUCAGCAAAAGAAAAGUUUCCCCAUUGGGAACAAUUUGUACACGGAGGAAGACCGCAUGUACAUCCUCUUCAAGGGUGACGAUCUGUGCGCCAACACGUCCGUGGUCUACGAGGCAAACCUGCCCAGGGGUGCCACUGCUACGGUGCGAUUGCCUCAGAGGGUCACCCAGACGGAUGUGUCCGAGAUUCCCUUUGUGCCUUGCGAUUGGUCGCUGGUGGCACCGGAACGACAAGGCAGUGUCUACGGGGAUAUGGAACGCAAUCCGACACAAUUCGUCGGUCUACUUGAUUUCCUUGGCAAGAAGGGAGAGGGUGUCGUGUUCCUUGGGAAACCGCACGCGCGAAGCGUCUGGGAUCUUCUUAAGGCCGGCCGGCACGUUGUCACGAUGGAAGGGAAUGUCGAGCUCUUGCAAUUCACGAUGCAGGUGGUGAAAAGCGAGGUCAAUUCGGGCGGGCACAAUUGUGAGUUCAUGGUCGUGAAGCCAACACGGGAUAAGGAGUGGAGCAACAAGACGGAUGUGUUGUUCAAGCUGAGCGAGAGGAAGAGGAACAAGAUAUACGAUUUCUUGUUCCUUCAAACGCGGUCGAGGAAGGACUCUGAGGCCAAGUACGUCCGCCGGAAGGACCACAUGUUCGCACUGCUCGACAACUACCACUUCGCCUCCCGCAUGAACGCGAAGACGUUUCUCGAUAGGCUGCAGUCGCUGUACUUCGUGGAGUCUGAGGAGCAGUUGAAGUUAGCCAGUUACGCUUCCCUGAUCUCCACUGAUGACGAGAAAGCCAGAGGUGUGGGGUUUGUCGCCAACGCGAAGGAGGAGGAGAGCGACACAGAGAGCAUUGAUCUACAGUACAACCCACCUCCGGCGGACCACGACAGAGGGUCGUUGUCGGCCGGUCCUUCACCGAGCGCUGCAGCCCUCGUGUCACUGUCGGCCAAACCGCUGCCGGGCACCACGCCGAUGAAGUUGAUGGAGAGACUCAGAGCUCCGGCCAGCCCCCCACCCACCUUGCGUCCCGGGUCCGACAUCCCGCCCGAUCAUCCAUCUUGGCAGGAUGACCACAUCCACUUCCUGCUUGAGCCACAACGUCAUUCGCCUGAGCUGGAAUGGAGCCAUGACAUGGUGUGGCAUCCGGGAGUCGUCCAGCCAGCGAUACGAAAGGUCGAUCGACUGUUCGACGAGCUUCAGGACAAGUGCUGGUUGGAAUUGACGGAGGACUACUACGACCUUGACACGAGUCCGUCGAAGGGCAUGGUGGACUGGAAAGUGCCCCCUCCCAGUGGCCCGGACGGUAGUUCCGGGGGGGGGGCACCAGGAAGUGGAGGGGAUGGGGGUGGUGGCGCGGGGGGUGGCAAAGGAAUCUCGAGCAGUAGGGAGAGGGGGUCUCACAACCGCAACAUGACACCGGGAGGCAGCGGCGGGGUGGCGAGUUUCGCCGUCAACCGGCCUCCGUCGACAGGCACCUGCCCGGAUCAUACGACACAGUCCGCCGACCUCCCGACUUCGUUCGUGGGCUCAGCGAGGGACACGUUGGCAGCUUUGCUUGCUCUGGGCAGUCGCUCCGGCGGAAAGUUGAAGUCUGCCGGGAUCCGAACUACGUCCGCUGAGGAGCCCCGAGAGCGGUCCGGAAUGCAAAGCCGCUCGGGGUCGGGGGAGCCAAGCAAGGAUCCCGAAAUUGGCAGCAUUGCGGCGCGGGACGGAAACAUGGGAAAGGUGUUGCCUGAGCAGGAGCGACGACCGCAAGGAUUGCAGCGAGAGGCUGCAGGUACAGGGUCCGGCGACACGGAGACGACGAAGUCCGCCGAGAUCCGAACUUCUUCGGGCGGGGGGUAUCGGCCAGGGAUUGUCGUGCCGUUGAGAGGGGCAGCGUGCACGGAGACGGAAGGGCGGUCCUCGGGAUUCAGCACGGGUACCGCUGAAGGGGAUGAGUUUCGUGGAAGGGAAGUAGGGGAGAAAAUGGAGGAACGGAGGGGAGCGCUAGAAGGGGAGAAAGAAGGGGAGGAAGAAGGGGAAGAAGAGGAGGAAGGGGAGGAAGUGGGAGAAACGGAGGUACUUAAUUUGCUUGGAGGAAGGGAGGGUGUCGGAUCUGGAGACGACGAGGUGGAGCACAGUGAGGACGAUGCCGGAUCUGGAGAGUCGUCUGACGAGUUCGGACAACUGUACAGAGAGCAUCACGAGGAUGAUGUCGACGACGAUGCCACGACAAUAGAGAUGGAGACACAGGUCGUUAGCAGCCUUUCCGGAUAGCCUGAAGAUUAUGCAGUCCGACCACUGACGUCUGCUGUUGACUUGCAACACCGCUUCGACGAGGCAUCCGUCGCUAUCGGCCCGUCUAGAACAAGUCGGCGUAUAAGCAUCGACGAAG